AUGGCUGAAGAACAAACAAAUAUUAUCACAGCCAAGGCUAGGAAAUCUCAAAAAACUAGCCCAAUUGCUGUGGCCAACGAUACGACCGAUGAGGAGUUCAUUAGAUAUUAUUUGAAGCCAAGCGAAAGAUGGACGUCAUGGACACAUCCCCUCACAAAUCAGAGCUAUUCCCUUGAGCUUCUAUCGCCUCGAGCACUCAGCAAAGACGACUUCAAGGCUUGCUUCGACAUCAUUGAGUUUACUAGCGGAGAGGAUUACAAGAACGCGUCGACGGGAUGGCAUCCCGCUAUGAAAAAGAAGGAGAUGAAGUCGCCAGACCUGCGAUAUAUCCUGGUCAAAGAUGAAAGCGGCACAGUCAAGGGAUUUACUUCGCUGAUGCCCACGUUUGAGAACCACGAACCUGUGCUGUACUGCUACGAGGUGCAUUUGUUACCUGAGCUGCGGGGUUCCGGUCUCGGCAAGCACCUCAUGAAUUUCCUCAUUACCAUUGCAGAAAACAUCCCUUCGACCAAAAAGGUCAUGCUUACAUGCUUUAUCAGCAAUACCAACGGUCUUCGAUUUUACGAAAAGAUCGGCUUCACCAAAGAUGAUUUUUCGCCUAGAGAUCGUGUACUAAGAGGAGGCAAAAUUGUGCGCCCUGAUUAUGUGAUUCUGAGUCGUGAGACGGCACAUAAUGGGCUUGUGGAUGGGGAGAUGGGGCUGGAAGGUGAUGAGAACUAG